AUGUCGUUUCAGUUCGGGCAGCAGAGCAGCAGCAACACGCCAAACAAGCCAUUGUUUGGCGCUGCUAGCAACACGUCGGGUGGAACUGCUCCGUCUCUCUUUGGAACCGCCAACACUGGGAGCACUGGCACAAGCACCCCCGCCGGCUCAGGUCUAUUUGGUGGAGGUGCGACUACCGGCACAUCGAGCAUCUUCGGCGGCGGCGCUUCGAACACACCUGCAAGCAAGCCGGGCGGGCUGUUUGGUGGCGGCGGAGCUACAUCAGGCGCGUCAACAUCGAGCCUGUUUGGCAGUAGCCUCAGCAAGCCUGCUGGCGAUGCGGCGAAGCCGGCGUCGGUCUUUGGUAGUGGAUUCGGAGCUCCUGCGAGCGGUGCAACAUCUUCAUCGACGGCGCCUUCCUUUGGUUUUGGCACUGCAACCUCGUCCACACCCGCAGCCACACCUGCAACGAACAAGUUCCUCCCGUCGACGACGCCUGCCGGCGCUCCCCCAGGUCCCAGUCUGUUCGGCGCGCAGAACACACAAGCAGCCGGAAACACUCAAACCAGCUCGUCGCUGUUCGGCGCACAAAAGCCCCAGGCGGGCGGAGGUACACAGGCUGGAUCAGGGCUGUUUGGCGGACAGAAUCAAUCCAGCGGCUCGAACCAGCCAAGCCCGUCUCUGUUCGGCGGAAAUCCAGCCACGACAUCUGCCUCGCCUGCUCCCGGACUCUUUGGUGGUGCAGCUGCAGGCAAGCCUUUGGGAAACUCUACGCCCACUUCCGGCCUAUUUGGUGGGAACAAAGACACUUCGGCCGGUGCAGACAAAGGCGCAACCCCGGCGUCUUCAGCACCCUCAGGUCUCUUUGGAGGUGGAGGCGGAGCGACAGCUGGUGCACAAGGCCAGGGAGCUGCCAAACCAUCGCUGUUUACACCUCAAACCACCUCGUCAACACCAGCCAGCAAACCCCCCACCUUCAGCCUCGGUACAAACUCAGCGGCUCCAACAUCUUCACAGCCUCCAUCGAGUCUGGGCGGCUUCAGCUUGGGCGGAAAAACAGACGCGCCAAAGUCAUCUGCUGCUCCAGCCUCCACUCCCUCGCUGUUCGCAGGAGUUGGUAGCGGAAGCUCGGCGCCUCCCACAUCUGGUCUCGGCGCACCUACAAGCGGUGGAUCAGGUGGACUAUUUGGAGGAAAAACUGCAACAUCCACUACACAACCGUCGACAUCGACCAGCCAGCCGGCAGCCACCCUUGGAAGUGCGGCCAACGAUGCGACGAAGACUGGCGGGCUUGCCAACUCCACCGCUGGGCCCCCACCAUCUGCGCAGUCUCGUCUGAAGAACAAGAGCAUGGACGAGAUUAUUACGCGAUGGGCAGCUGAUCUAUCAAAGUAUCAGAAAGAAUUCCAGACCCAAGCUGAGACAGUCGCAAAGUGGGACCGAGCAUUGGUCGAAAAUUCCGAUAAGGUCCGCCAGUUGUAUUCCAAGACCUUCCAGGCAGAGCGAGAUGCUGCUGAGGUUGAGCGACAGUUGACGAUGAUGGAGGAGAACCAGCAGGAACUUGACUCGUAUCUUGAUCGCUACGAGAAGGAGAUUGAGAACCUGAUGAAAAUGCAUGGUGUCAGCGGAAAGUCUGAUGGUCUGAGGGGUCCUGAUCAAGAGCGAGAGAGAACAUACAAACUUGCCGAGAAACUCUCGGACAGGCUCAACGAGCUCAACAAGGACCUGACAGAGAUGAUCGAGGAGAUCAACAGCACUUCACAGACACUCAGCAAGACUGGCAAGCCAGAUGAUCCGUUGACCAAGGUCGUUCGCGUCCUCAACACUCAGCUUUCGCAGCUCCAACUCAUCGAUGCCGGCACCGCUCAGCUCAAGGAAAAGAUUAAUCAGACACAGAAGGAAACUCAGCGCGUCGGUGCGAAUGGCUGGAACGGACUUGGUUCGGACCCGUCAGAUGACUUCAUGCGGAGCUUCCGUGGUGGACGAACUGAGCGGUUCGGCGGUGUAUCAUAG